AUGCGGAAUGGUACCACACAAGCUGAGCUUCUGCUCUUUCAGACAGUUGGACCAAUGUCGAUAAUACUGCGAAAUAUAGCAGUACCAGGAGUGCUUUGUAUUCUUCCAUGUACCCUCCAAAUUGGGAGUUGGUUAACUUUUGUGCUCGAUUUGUUACUUAUCGUGCUUCCAGUGGUACUGACGCUGACCUUAUUUUCGGACCAUAUACUAUUACUACUAUUAGCACAAACUAUAAUACUUUUGACCUUUGUUGUCGUUCUAAUAUGCGACCAGUAUUUUAUGAAACGAAGAAAACGAACGUACUGCGAUUUGUUUCAUCAAAUCAAUGAUGACCAAUAUUCACCUACUAAAUUUGUCACUUAUAUGAGAUUAUAUGGCUUUCUUGCUACAGCUGGCGCCAUAUUAUCCGUAGAUUUUGAUGUAUUUCCACGUCGUUUUGCGAAGACGUCAAUUUUUGGCCGAAGUGUUAUGGAUCUCGGUACAGCUACAUUUGUUUAUUGUUUUGCUGUGGUUGAUGUGUUCCGACAUUAUCCUGGAAGAGUAAAACACGUCACUCAAAAGCAGUGGUACUGCUCCUUGAAACCGUCUUCAAGUGCUGUGUUAAUAAUGCUUGGUAUAGCACGAACAUUUUUGCUUCAUUUCACCAACUAUCAGUAUCAGAUCAGUGAAUAUGGUAUAUACUGGAAUUUCUUUAUUACCCUCGGAUUGUUGCGGUUCUUAGUGGAUUUUUUGGGUCGACGUCAUCAUUUAUUGUUGGGAAUAAUCAUUGCUUUUACAUACCAAUAUUUUCUAACGAAACAAAAUUUACAGCAAUAUUUGAUUUCGAAUGAGACAAAAAGGAAAGAUUUUGUAUCCAAAAAUCGCGAAGGGAUUUUUUCAUUUUUUGGGUAUCUGUCAAUCUAUUAUUUGGCAUCGGCUAUAGCCAAUUUUUUAUUUGCUGCGGUAUCACACCAAGAAUAUUGCGAUCCUAACAUGAAUUGUAGUAUAACCGAAAAAAGGAAACGAAUCAAAGUAUGGUUCUACCGUUCUUUCCAGCUAUUAUUACUCACUGUAGUAAUUUUCUUAGCACAGGAAUUUGCCAUAAAACUCGUGGGCCCACCAUCGCGAAGAAUUGCUAAUGUGCCGUACAUUCUAGAAAUGAUGAUUUUUCACAACAUUUAUUUGUGCGGUUAUUUAUUCGUUCAGUUGCUCCAGGGCCAGGCUUCACAAAUUUCGGGAUUCCGCAGCAGUUUAAACAAAAAGGCAAAUACGACGGAAAAUGAUAAGACGGAAAUGCAUUCUGAAACGAAAAUUGUGCUGGAUGGUGAUGAAAAUCUACUGGAAGUACUGAAACCAUUUCUAGUGGAUUCAAUUAAUGAACAAGGAUUGCUGUUCUUCUUGUUGGCAAAUAUUCUAACGGGUUUAGUGAAUAAAAGCAUAAACACUUCAUCGUAUAGAUUGUAUUGCAGUCGUAAAUGA